AUGGGCGCCAAGGAAAUGUUUCUAAUUUUGUCCGUCUUGAUAAUUUAUUCAGUCCUGGAAACCAAAUCACUAUUUGAGUUUACGAACAUAAACUGUAGUUCUAUUGACAUGAAAGUGGGAGAGUAUGAGUACUGCUACUUAAAGUCAAUUAAUAGAAGCUACAAGUAUGCAUCCGGAAAAUUUAAGUUGCAUCAAACUCCGUUAACGCACAUGAAGAUUAAUUGUAUGUUGUGGAAGCGGUUCAAUGGAUACAAGCCUUUUCUUUACAACAUAACAUUCGAGUUUUGCAAAUUUUUAAAAAAUAAGAAGACAAACCAGGUCAUAAAAUUUCUCUUCGACUCAUUUAGCAGUUAUUCUAAUUUGAACCACUCAUGUCCGUAUUCGGGCGAUUUAUAUGUGGACAAGCUGCCCAUUGGUUUUUUGAAUCACCGGGUGACUGAAAUUCUUCCCGUGCCCGAGGGCAAAUACAUGCUUGAGUUUCAUUUUUUUACCCUAAAUUCUAAUUUUGCAAGGCUACAAGUCCAUUUUAUUAUUUCAUAA